AUGAAGUCUACCUCUUGGGGUUGGGGGGUUCCCUUUGUUUUGUCGCAGCUUCAGACAGUCGUUGAGGCUGUGGACCUCCUGGGCGGCCAUGUUAAUAUGUUUAUGGGGACAGAAGGCGGCGGUAACAACUUUCCCGGCGCCGCAAGGCCAUUUGGUAUGGUCAAGCUGGGCCCGGAUCUGCUCAGUGGCACAACAGAUGCAUACUCCGGAUACCUAGCCUCCGGUGAGUUCUCCGGUUUCAGCAUGAUGCACGAGCAGGGGACAGGUGGUGCCCCAAAGUACGGCACCGUCUCGCAAUUACCGCUCGUCGGCAAUAUCACCAAUCCACUUUCCAAUAUAACUGUUGCUCGUAACGGCACCGAUGAAGCAGAAGUCGGAUAUUACAAGGCGGAGACCAUAGACGGGGUCACCGUGGAAUUGAGCGCGACUGCCCAUGCAGGGAUUUACCGGUAUACCUUUCCCCCAGAGUCCGACGAAAACCAUGUGCUGGUUGAUGUAUCUCAUGUGCUUCCAUCGUUCCGGGGACAGGGCUUGAGUCAGGAAUAUAAGGGUGGUAACAUCACGGUCUUUCCAGAUGGCCAUUAUGCGGGUCAUGGGGUUUAUGAUAAUGGGUGGAAUCGUUCGCCAGAUUGGACGAUUUACUUCUGCGGCUGGUUCGAUAAUGACGUCGACAUGAGCCGAGUAUAUACCGGCACUGAUGAAGACGGCAGCAUUGAACAGGAGAGCGGAUCCGCCAGUUCUUCGACGGGAUCGACACGAGUUGGGGGCGUCUUCUCUUUUAAUGAUACGGAGGUUAUUUCCCGAGUAGGCAUAUCGUGGAUUUCCACGAGUAAGGCCUGCCAGUAUGUUGAUGAUGAGCUCGAUGAAGCAUCCUUCGAAUCCAUCGUCGAUGAUGCACAGGCUGAAUGGGAGGAGACAGUUUUCUCCAAGGUGACCACAACAACCACCAACGAGACCAGCCUUACGCUCCUGUACUCAUCUCUUUAUUUUAUGCACCUGAUUCCGACGAACCAAACGGGCGAGAACCCUGGCUGGGAAUCGGACGAGCCGUACUAUCAGGAUAUCUUCACCUUUUGGCCAAAGGCGUACGAAGAGCAGAUUCGUUCCCUGAUUGACAUCUGGAGGUUCGACGGUUUUCUCCCCGACGGGCGUUCUUCCAACUACAAUGGCCGAACGCAGGGCGGCUCGAACGCAGACAAUGUCCUCGCUGACGCAUACGUGAAGGGCGUGCGCGGGGCCAUCAAUUGGGAGGACGGCUAUAGCGCAAUGAUAACAGAUGCUGAAGUUACCCCAGAGAAUGAUCCCGUCGACCCCAUGGCCCGUGACUCCUCCACGAAAGAGGGUCGAGGAGCUCUGCCCGACUGGAUUGACCUUGGAUACAUUACACCUACUUACUCCCGCGCCGUCAGCCGAGCCGUUGAAUAUGCCUGUAACGACUUUGCUCUGCACCAGGUGGCAUCAGGUCUUGGGCUGGAUGACGAUGCGGACAAGUACCUGAAUCGGUCCAGGAACUGGAGAAACCACUGGAAUCCAGACCUCACAUCAUUAGGAUUUUCGGGCUUUGUUGUUCCUCGUGAUAAAGAUGGAUUCAUUGACACUAAUCCGCUAACUGACGCUGGAUACUGGGCGGACCCGUAUUACCAGGCGAGCUCCUGGGCAUACUCUUUGACGAGCAUCCACGAUAUGCAGUAUAUCAUCGAUUUGGCUGGUGGCGAGAAGACUAUGCGUGAGCGCUUGGAUACGAUGUUCACUGAUGGCGCAAGUGGUGCCAGUGGAAUUAUCUUUGAUCCAACAAAUGAACCACAAGAUCUCUCCGUCGCGCAAUCCCGCAGCAUCGCAAAAUCGUACUACAACACCGGGGUGAAUGGCCUUCCAGGAAACAGCGACGCCGGCGCCAUGCAGACAUGGCUUCUCUGGAAUAUGAUCGGCCUGUACCCGGUCACCGGACAAACAACCUUCCUCAUCCACUCUCCAUGGUUUGAAUCUCUGACAAUCGACCUGGGUGAUGGCAAGACCUUAGAAGUCACCACCACAGGCGGAGAUGGAACCGGCGAUGAGAUUAUUUUCGUGCAGCGCUUGCAGGUGAAUGGGAAGAACUGGAGAAAGAAUUGGCUCGAGUGGGAUGAUAUCUUCGCCGAGGGAGGAACUUUGGAGUUUGAACUCGGAGCUGAGCCAAGUGAUUGGUUCACUGGAGAAGUUCCCCCAAGCCCUGCUUCCGUCCAAGGUGUGCCACCUAGUAUGGCUGUGGUACAGAGCUCGGGAUAG